CGCGUGCAAGGUGUUCUUGAUCGUCGUGAAUAAUUAUUUGUUUGAUUGAAUCGUUAUAAAAAUGUGGCAAUAAUAUAUUUUGUGUAUAAUUUUAUUUAAAAAUAUUCUUGAUUGCGAUAGAUUAAAGUCAAUUUUAAUGUAUUAUAAACUGUAUAUCACGGGAAAUGACUUAUUGCGUAGUUAACCUUUUCAAUCGAUGAGUGAAUAAUACGUGAUUGAAAUUAUGUUAGAUUAUUUGAUUUGAAUUUUAAUCGUAGAAGGCUUUUAUAAAAUUAUCAUUAGAAAUUUAUAAUUAGGAAUUUCAAAGAGAUUUGAAGUAUGAAUGAUAUUUACGUGUAAGAGUGUGUGUGUGUAUGAAGCAAAAGAAAUCGACUAGCUGUUAAUGAGACAUAGAUGGCGGAAUGGGAGCUAUUUUUCAAACAUAUACGCUACCGGUCCGAAGGAAUUGAGAAAACACGUAAUCUCGUUGAACGCUGGUAGCUGGACCUUCACGAAUAUUAUAAAUGAUUUGCCGACAGGUGCUAUAUAUCCGGUUGAUCGUACGGUAUUCGACCUACGCUUACCGACUCAGUUAACCAAGAGAAGACUUUACAUCAUACCGGGGGGUGGUUACAACCAGAACCUUUGCAUAACCAACUUCAACAGUUGGUUUUAUCGUUUCCACGCUAGGAAAAACAAUAUCAACAUGGGAAGUAAUGGAGAAGAUACGUGCCUUUAUACUACCAGACGAGUUUGCAUCUCUGAAGGUAGCCAAGAGUACAUUGGAAUUUAUCAGAUUGGAAGGAGACUUGCAAGACAGAUGCAGACUGCAGCGUGUACUUGCAAGAUUAGACUCUCAACGUUUAAAUUUAUCUGGAUUUCCCAAUGUGUUAAAAGUCCGUGCAGCAGAAGCAAAGGAUGAUUUUCCUACAAGGCAUAGCUGGGAUUCAUAUUUCAGAGAUGCUAAACAUAUGAAUGAAUUAAAACCUGGAGAAAGGCCAGAUACUAUACAUGUAACAGGUUUGCCUGUUAAAUGGUUCAUUGAGGAUGGAGCAACAAUGCCUAGUGAAUCCUUGAUUAACAAAAUAUUUAGAAAAUGGGGAAUACUCAGAAGAAUAGAUGUACCUGCUGCUGAUCCCUAUAGAUCUAGAAUGCGUCUGGGCACAAAUAUAAAUAAAUUUAGUUAUGAAGAUGGCAUAUUUUUUGAUGCUUACAUUCAAUAUGUUGAAUAUAUGGAUUUUGUUAGGGCUAUGGAUGCAUUGCGUGGCAUGAAACUUCUCAAAAAAGAAGGAGAUAAAGCAUUUACGGCCGCUAUUAAGAUUACGUUUGAUAAAACAAAACAUAUGAGUGAUAGUACUGUAGCACAUAGAGAAUUUGAAAGAAAACGCCUAAUAGCACAGGAUACAUUAGCAGCAGAACGACUACGUAGGAAAGAAGAAGCUGAAGAGAAACGUCGUGAAGAACUAAAGAAAAAAGAAGAGGCUGAAGCAAUAGCUAAAGAAAAUAGACGAAAAAAACGAGAAGAGAAACGAAAGCGUAAAGCUAUAACUAUAUUUCGAAAGAAGGAAGAAGAUAAAGUAUCUAUGAAAAUUGCCAGAGAAGGACAAAAAUUAAUAAAAGCACAAAGACAGCUCGAAAGCAUUCGUCUUUUAGAUGAAUUAUUUGAUAGAAUAAAGAUAAAAGUGGAGAAUAAUGAAAUUAAUAUAGAUGAAGUAACAAACAUAGAUACAAAAAAGGAAGAGAAAAAGAAUAAUAAAGUAGAUGGUACAAUCGAAAUAUUAAGUUCAGAAGAAGAUUCAAAAGAUGGAAAAAAAGAUAAGAAAAUUAAAAAAUUAAAGAAGAAAAAAUCUAAAAAAGAAAAGAAGAAAAAAAAGAAACGAAAAAAGGGAAAAAAUUCUGAAAAUUCUGUAAGUCAAAGUGAAGAAUCAGGUGAGGAGCAAACAAAAAAAUUAAAAAGUGUUUUAAAACAAAAUAUUACAUAUCCAUCAUCAUCAACAGCACCUGCACCUCUAGAACCCCUUUCUUAUCCACCGCUUUAUCCACGUUUUCCACAACCAUGGUAUUACGAUGCUACUUUACCUAUGAUUUACCCUAGUUUGCCAAGAGGUAUGCCUAGGAGUGGUCGUUUCUUACGAGGAAGAGGUAGAGGAUUUUCAUGGCGUAAUGCUGCAAAUCAUCGUACAUUACAUACGUUUAACCCUCAUUUGUAUAACGAGCAGUAUUACAAGUACUUUGCUCAUUUAGUAGGUCAGGAUUAUCGUGCUUUCGAUUAUAGAAGUUCACGGUCACGAAGUCGUAGUAGGUCAAGAUCAAGAUCAAGAUCGAGAUCUAGAUCAAAAUCACGAUCGAAAUCCACAAGAUCAAGGUCUCGUUCGAAAUCAAGAUCUAAAUCACGGGACAAAUCGAGAUCGAAAUCACGAUCAAGAUCGAAAUUAAAAACUAGAUCGAGAUCUCGAAGUAGAAGACGAAGUAGAAGCAAAAGUAGAUCACGUUCGAAAAAACGACGAGGAAGAUCAAAAUCAAGAUCGAAAUCUGUAACAAGAAUGAGAUCUCGAUCACGACGAUCAAGAUCAAAGAAAAGAACUCGUUCAAGAAGUCGUUCUAAUUCUUGGAACAAUAGCAAACAUCGCUAUAGACGUAGGCGCGAAAGAUCAGUAUCAAAGGUAAAGGUUACAAGAGCUAAAUCUCGCAGUGGAUCUCCUAAGAGAAGAUCUCGUAGUAGUACAUGGUCUAUGCCUAAAUCUCCCGGUAGAAGAAGUUGCUCCUGGUCAAAAAAUGCGGAUAUCACUAGCAAUAAAACGGAUGCCGAUAAAUCGAUAUGUGCAAUGGAGCAAAAUAUUGCAAACAAAGAAUUAUCACAAGCUUCUCAUUUGGAGAAUAUAACUUCCGAUUGAUAAGAACCGAAGAUAAGAUCUAGAUCUUCCAUUUUAUUUCUUUAAUACUUUUACGUAAAUGAAGCGUAUUUAUUAACGCUUUGUACAAAAUCUGUAUGAAAUCUGUAUGAAUCCGUAAUUAUGUACUCGUAAUUGUGUAUAUUCGUAGUAAUUCUUUGAUAAAAGGAGAUAUAUAUUUUUAUUCUCAGACUGGCUCUUCCUGAUUUUAGAUGAUUUCUUAUAGUAUAAUCUAUAGGAAUGAAAAUAUGUAAGUGAAUCACUUAUACACGCGCAAAAUAUUGCUAAUGUUCGAAUCCUGUGGAUAUUUGAAUUCUGAAUGUGUAUUGUAUAUAUUGUUAUGAAUGAUCAAAAAAUAAUAAUAGAUAAGAAUGCUGCAUUUUUAUCUCAAGAUUAAGAAUAAAUAUAUAACAUUAACAUAUUAAAUAUGUAUU